AUGUACGGUGAAAGGUUAGCUGAGCGGAACGGGCUCAUUGAAGGAAGAUCACAUUCGAGUGACCUCUUAUCGAUGGAGGAACUUCUCCAAAGAGAAGACAUCGCAGCAUAUGAAUACGUUAAAUCCGGAGAUCCGAGUGGAGACGGAUUCGUUCUAGCUCUCGUCACGACUAGCGGAAAAAAGUAUCUCGGUCGUCAUGGAUGCAAAGGAAUCGUCUUUGAUGACACUUUUAAUGUGUCGCGGUACUCGUUCCGGCUUGCGACGCUUCUCGUUGCCGAUGAUGGUGGUCAUGGAUUCCCGUGCGCCUUUGUUCUAUCGUUCCGUAUGACUGCGAUGGAGAUAUCGGUCCUUUUUCGUAUUGUCAAAGAUUUGAUACCUGAUUUCGACACACAAUUCGUCAUGACAGACGAUUGUGGCACCUUCUACAACGCCUUCAUGGACGUAUUCCCUGAGAGCAAGGCGCGGAAAGUACUGUGCAGAUUUCAUUUGAGCCAGACUGUAGGAAGAAAGUUGAAAGAAUUUUUAAGGACAGAAGAUGUCAGAACCGGCAAUGCUCUCUUCUCGGAGGUAAUUAGUCAGUCAAAUGCAGCGGAAUUCGAGAAACUGUAUGAUGCGUUUUUGAAGUGGGUUGGAUCGAAAAGCCAUGAAAUGCUGUCG